CUCCAACAAAGGGAGAAAAUAAAUUAGGCGAUAAAAAAAGAAAAGAGUUUCCAACGGCCAGCCGGACACAAAAAGCAAAUAAAAAAAAAUGCAACUUUCCAGUACCUGGCCCCCUUGUGUGCCGUGUUCCGAAACGGACUUUUUUCCCACAACGCGAACCGAAUUUCUCCCUUCUUGUUACUCGGCACCCAGGGACUUUACCUUGAUUACCUAGCAAAGCCAAACGUCAUGGAGACCUGCUCCACCCAGUCGGCGCUUUCUCGUGCAAACAAGACGACCACACCGCAGACGUGGGCCCAGGCGACGGGCUCCGUCAUCCCGUUAUUUUGUGGUCUCUUUUGUUUUCCAAUUUUUUUUUUAAUUCCUUUUUUUUUUCGUGAGGCUUUUGCUGCUUUGCUGCAAUUUCGCGGCACGUGGUCCUUUCAUUUUUUGCUCCCCCUUUGCGGAUCGUGAAUGAGUCGUGGGUGGCUACAGUUUUACAAAGGAAACCGUGCAACGACGUCAUCUUGGACGGCCUCUUGGCGUCUUGGUGAUGCUUGGAAAGAAAAAAAACCCACCACGGAUCCUCGACGCGCGCCGUGGUUCAAAAACGCACUCGUCUGCCGCAUUUCUUCUGGUUCCGGAAUGUAUUUCUUGUACAGUGAUCUGCUCGUCUGUUUCCUCAAUCCGACUUUUUUUUUUUUUCAAUGGACCUCGAGUGAGCCCGAUCUACUGACACAACCGUAAAGUGGUCCCCCAAGCCACCAAGACACCACCUGUUGGCCAAAAUCCCCCAGGGCCCGGCCGAACUUUUCUUUUCGAUUUUGAUCCCUUUUCGUCUGUUUUAUUUUGUCAACCUGUGAUACCCUCUUGCGUAUACUUCUUUUUUCAACAGCAAUCAUGCUUGGCGGCAAGUCCAUCAGGGUCAAUGGCGCCGAGUGCGGCGUCGAGUCUCUCUUCCUCGGCGCUGUCACCAGCCUGGGUGGCUUUCUUUUCGGUUACGACACGGGUCAGAUCUCGGGCAUGCUCAUCUUCGAGGACUUUCAGCGCCGCUUCGCCACGGGCCCCGUUGGGGAGAAUGGCAUCCGGGAAUGGGUUCCCAUCAUUCAGUCCACCAUGGUGUCCCUGAUGAGCAUCGGAACGCUCAUCGGUGCUCUUUCUGGUGCCUACACUGCCGACUGGUGGGGACGUCGGAGGAGUUUGGCGUUCGGUGUCAUCUUGUUCAUCAUCGGCAACAUCAUCCAGAUUACUGCCAUGGAGUCUUGGAUUCACAUGAUGAUGGGUCGCCUGAUUGCUGGUUUUGGUAUUGGUAACCUGUCUGUCGGUGUGCCCAUGUUCCAGUCGGAGUGUGCUCCCCGUGAGAUUAGGGGUGCCGUUGUGGCCAGCUACCAACUGCUCAUCACUUUCGGAAUCCUCAUCUCAAACAUCAUCAACUACGGUGUCAGGAACAUCCAGGGCUCCGACGCCUCGUGGAGAAUCGUGAUUGGCCUGGGCAUCUUCUUCAGCGUGCCUCUCGGUAUCGGCAUCCUGCUCGUCCCCGAGUCUCCCCGUUGGCUCGCCGGACGUCAGGACUGGGAUGGUGCUCGCAUGUCCAUCGCUCGUCUCCGCGGCAUGAAGCACGACCCCAACAACGUCCUCGUCGAGACCGACAUCAGCGAGAUGUACAAGAUCAUCAAGGAGGAGUCCAGCGUCGGAGUCGGCAGCUGGGCCGAAUGCUUCACCGGCAAGGGCGGUUCCGAAGGCAUUCCCAAGGUUGUGUACCGCACCAUCCUGGGCAUGUUCCUGCACUUUACGCAGCAGUGGACCGGUGUAAACUACUUCUUCUACUACGGUGCCACGAUUUUCCAGUCUGCUGGUGUCGACGACCCUAUCGUCACGCAAUUGAUCCUGGGCGCCGUCAACGUCGCCAUGACCUUCUUGGGUCUGUACAUUGUCGAGAAGUUUGGACGUCGUGGUCCCCUCUUUAUUGGUGGCGCGUGGCAGGCGGUCUGGCUGGCUGUUUUUGCUGCCAUUGGAACCGCUCUGCCGCCCACAGAGAACCGCGUCUCUGGCAUCGUCAUGAUUGUGUCCGCCUGCAUGUUUAUUGCUUCGUUCGCCAGCACCUGGGGUCCCAUCUGCUGGGUCGUCAUCGGCGAGACCUUCCCGCUCCGCACGCGUGCCAAGCAGGCCUCGCUGUCCACAGCCGGCAACUGGCUGGGCAACUUUAUGAUUUCGUUCCUCACGCCCAUCGCCACCGACGGCAUCUCGUUCUCCUACGGCUUCGUGUUUGCCGCCGUCAACUUGUGCGGUGCCCUGGGCGUGUACUUCUUCCUCUACGAGUCCCGCAUGCUGUCGCUCGAGAACGUCGACCGCAUGUACGGCGACCCGUCCAUCAAGCCCUGGAACUCGCGCAAGUGGACUCCCCCCGGAUACAUCAACCGCCGCACCAAGGACGAGAAGUACGUGCCCGAGGGCGAGCACGUCCAGGGCGGAGUCAGGGGCUCGGUCGGCAGCGACAACACCGCCGUCCCCGGCGAGGCCGACGUCAACCACGACCACGCCAAGCAAAGGCCUGGUAGCGACGGCGUUCCCACGACGGAGCAGCACGAGCAGGCUGUGCUCCGGAACGCGUAAUGUUGGCGGGUGGCUUAAUGUCUUGAAACAUCGAUGGUUUUGAGAGAUUUUGUCUUGUAGGAUACUACUAGGUUUUCUUUGUUGCAGAAAACUGACUGGUUUAGCUGCCAGUGAGAGCAUAUAUAUACAAACAUAAAUAUAACCGAAACCUUUGGGUAACCCCUUGGUCAAAUGCAUGC